UCACUAUAUGGAACUUGGAACACCGACCGACAGCGGCUUGAAUGUUUACCAGAUCAUACUUGCCUUCAUAGACACCUCAAAAGUCUGGAGAAUAUUACAACCAGACUUAAGCUCCGGCGACCAGAACUUCCUGUGCUGUUAUCUAAUCGAAGCUCGCCCUACUUCAUCUUCACGUCACUUGAAUCAUUCUGAGUCGCUCACGCAUCGACCUUCUCGUCUUCACAAUGUCAACCAUCACAACAACAGCACUGCAAUCCGGGCAGCCGCCCAUAAUACCACUGUCCUUCAACGCGAACCAGCCCGAGACCAUCCGCCUCUACCCGCUAUCGAAUUACACAUUUGGCGUCAAGGAGACACAGCCCGAGGAAGACCCUUCGGUUCUGGCACGCCUGAAGCGCCUUGAAGAGCACUACAACGCACACGGCAUGCGCCGCACCUGCGAGGGCAUCCUUGUCUGCCACGAGCACAACCACCCACACAUUCUCAUGCUCCAGAUCGCAAACGCAUUCUUCAAAUUACCCGGCGACUAUCUGCGGCCGGAGGACGACGAGGUCGAGGGCUUCAAGGCGCGCUUAGAUGAGCGGCUGGCACCCGUCGGAAGGCUGGGUGAGGGCGAGGAGGCCGGAGACUGGCAGAUCGGAGACUGCCUUGCGCAGUGGUGGCGGCCCAACUUUGAGACAUUCAUGUACCCGUUCGUCCCGGCGCAUGUCACGCGUCCCAAGGAGUGCAAGAAGCUCUAUUUCAUCCAGCUACCAAACUCAAAGGUCCUGAGUGUCCCGAAGAACAUGAAACUGCUUGCGGUUCCUCUAUUUGAGCUUUACGACAACUCUGCUCGUUAUGGCCCUCAGCUGUCUGCCAUUCCUCACUUACUCAGCAAGUACAACUUCGAGUUCGUCGACGAGCAAGGGAACGUGGUGGCGCAGACACCAGGCAGCGGCCCUGGCGAGGGCGACCAUGUUCCAAAAACUAAGGUCCUCGCUGGCGGCGAUGACGUGGAUAUGAAGCAGGAGAACGGCGCACAUUGAAGAAUUCGUCCAUAAUAAUCAAAGUCGCAAGAGAUGCAGGGUAUAAAAGGAUGAGAGUCUUUCUAUGCCACCUUUUCUUUUCGGGGGGUUUUUUCCCCCUUUCGGUAGAGCAAAAUCGGCCGUUCAAUAUACAUGGAACUGGAGAGGCGUUGGGAGUUAUGGCAACAGGGGCACCUUGACUUGAUUCGUCCCAUGUGUAAAAAAAACAAAAAGGUCUGACACACAGAGACUGUGGUCACGAAUCACAAGCAUCGCGGAUUGUGGGCGCAAAAGAUCGAAUAUGCAAGUUCCUGACGGUCAAUUGAAGCUGGGUUGACGAGUUACAUCUUCUCGCCUUGGAUUGUGGCAACAAUCUUGCGUUGAUGUUUGGAAGCUCUGCACGACAUAAAUGAAUACCACAUGUUAGAGAUCCUCCGAAAAAGGAUGCGAGGGUGUCAAGCGGUGCUUACCUGAAUUCGAGAUACCUAUUUAAAUUAAACAGAGUUAGUGCAAUUCCU